AUGGCAUGCUCGCAGGUCGAGGCUGCCCCCGUCGUCGCUGGAUACCUUCUCCUCAACCCCACCAACGGCCCUGCCAAGCUCAAGGCCCUGGCUGACAACGCUGACAACAUCCCCAUCAACCGCAUCUUCCUUUCCUUCGCUCGUCCUGGCAUGGUCUAUGUCCCCAACUCCAACACCCUCGAGCACGUUGGCUUGAACUACGCUAACACCGCCGACUUCGGUUUCGCUGAUCUCAAGGCCAAGAUCACCACCCUCCAGUCCAAGGGUGUUGAGGUCUUCCUGUCCGUCGGAGGAUGGAACUACGGAUGCUUCCCUUACCUCUACACUUACUACUCGGUUGGAGGCUACGGUACCACCACCCCUAACUACUACAAGAUCUUGGAGAACGGUGGAUCGCUCGGCGCCUGUACGGAGGCUAACAUGUGGUGCUACACCUGCGAGCCCAAGAGCGAGGGCACCGUCCUCGCCGACUUCGACAUCUUCCCCGAGCCCUCGAACUCGUCGACCUGGCAGGCGGCCCAGCAGUACGUCACUGCUCAGGCCGGUGGCUCUGCCCCAGUCUUCCACCCCGAGAUCGCCCCUGGCAGCACGUGGACUGACCCCGUCACCAAGAUCACCAACUUGGUCCCUGGAAGCAACUACUUUGCCAAGGUCAACCGCGACCCUUACCAGGAUCUCGUCUACCUGGCCAAGGAUCUCGGUCUUGCCGGUGUUGAUAUCGAUUACGAAGAGAUGUGGCACGCCGAUUACUUCAGGGUCGGUCCCUCGACCGGACCCUGGACUUCUCACCAGACUGUCUACAAGUACGCAGCCAUCAUGCGCGAUGUCCAGCUCAACAUUCAGGCCAUCAAGCCCUCUUUGAUGCUUGCUACCGCUGCCUCGGCCGCUGGCGGUCUCUCGAGCAACUGGUGGGGCGGUAACCUCAAGAACAUUUGGUACUAUCUUUACAAGUGGUACCCUGAGGUCUACAACUUCAUGGCCACCGGCACCAACGGCGGUGGUGUCAACGUCAUGACCUACGACCUUUCCAACAACCAGCAGUUCCACGAGUGCCCCGAUGACAACACCUGCUCGCUCUCCCAGCAGGUCAACUACUACAUGAAGUCCUAUGCCGACAACGGUAUGACCGCCCAUGUCGGUUAUGAGAUCGGUAUCCCUGCCUACCCCGCCUCGGACCACGACGCCGCUCACCAGCUGCCCCUCACCCAGACCGAGCUGAGCGCCAUCCUCGCCGUCCAGGGCUCCAAGGGCGGUUUCUUCUGGGAGCUCUAUAAGCCUGCCGGUACCACCGCUAACGUCGAUGUCACCAGCGCUGCCCAGCAGAUCUGCAAGGCUGCUCUCGGUGCCACCACUCCUCGCUGCUCCGGUGUCAUUCCCGCAGCUGACGGCUCGUCCCCCUCGUCCUCUGCCACCGUCACCGCCACCUCGACCUCCGCUUCUUCCUCGACCACUGCCCCUACCACCACCACCACCACCACCCAGGGCGCUAGCUGCUCUGUCGCUGCCUGGUCUGCUUCUGCCACCUACCAAUCCGGCGCCCAGGUCUCGUACAAUGGCCGUCUCUACACCGCUCAGUGGUGGUCCCAGAACAACAUCCCUACCGCUGGUGGCCCUUGGACUGACAAGGGUGCCUGCGGCACUGGUCCCACUGCCACCUCCACCACCCCUACCGCCACCGUCACCAGCACCCCUGGCGGCUGCGCUGGUGUUAGCGCCUGGUCUACCUCGGCCUCCUACUCUGGCGGUGCUAAGGUCUCGUACAACGGCUUUGUCUACACUGCUCAGUGGUGGACUCAGGGUGAGGCUCCCGGCUCUGGCUCGGUCUGGACCAAGGGCGCUGCUUGCACUGCCUCCCUCCGCCGCCGUCUUUACCGCAUGGACUAA